AUGUCCCAAAGGUCCGAUCAUCGCCCUCAUGCAGUUCUUUUUUAUCGCACGCAUCGUCGGGAAAUAUUUGUACCCCCCUCAGCUGCACGAAACAUGCCGCUCACCGUAAACCCAUAG